CGAGUUUAUAAACAUAAACCCGGCGACCGAUCGCCAGUGACUGACGCGACCGACGCCACGCAGCCGCCAACCUCUGCCUACGAACAUUUUAUAAAUUAAUUUAAUUUAAAUAAUAAAAUAUUUUUAUCAAAAAUGAAACUGUACGUCUUCUUUGUUCUUGCCAUAGUACUGAGCGAGGCUCUCGGCAUGAGCUUCAGACACAAGAGGCAGUCGGGCGAUGAUGGCGACAACAACCUUGACGACAGAUAUGGUUGGGACCGGCCCGGCCGGGUCAACCCGCCUUGGCAGACCCGCCCACCUUGGAACAACGGUAACACCAAUAAUAACAACCAGAACAACGGAGGACCGCCGCAGCCUACUCCAGUCACAAAUAGGCCGAACAGGCCUACAACGCAGUCGAGUUCGGUAGACGCGUGUAUCCGAGCGUGUCCCGUGACGUCAGAGUACAACCCAGUGUGCGGCACCAACUUGGUCCAGUACCCCAAUCCUGGCCGUCUGCUGUGUGCCCAGAGUUGUGGCGUCAAUGUGAGUCUGAUGCGGGCUUCACCAUGCCCCACCGCCACAGCUGCUCCGGCGAGUUGAAGACUUUUACAUACUUACUAUUUUAUAUUAACACAAUAUAGUUACCAAAUAUGACACCACGAUGACACAAUAAAGUGCUAUUUUAUUUAGUUA